CUUCCCAGUUAGGCGAUACUGUUAUCCCCAUUUAAGAGCUGAGGAAACUGAGCAAACAGAUUUAAUUGGGGUAUUAAAAGGGGUAUACAGUUAGUAACAGUCUGAGGCUUAAUUUAAACUCAGGUACAUUAUGUCUAUCUCCACUGCACUACCAGCCCCAUUAAAUUUUUAGGUAAUUUCUAGAUAAUAGAUAAUGGAAACUAUAGGAUGAGUCUGUCCUUCUAUGAAGAAAGGGUGACAAGACUAAAUCCGUAUUGAUCAGGCUCAAACCUUCUCAAGCCCAAUAACUCUUUUAACCCACUUCUGUUUAAAAGUUUCUGCCAGAAUGGAGCCUAAAAGGAGAGGACGUGGGAGAAGAGCAUUUGGCUCUUUCUCAGAACAAGUGGUACAAUAGCAGAAUGGGGCACAUUCAAUUGGGAGCUCCUUCCUUGACAGCACUAAUGGAUGAGUAUAGACUGAUAUGUGUGAACCUAACAGGGGAAAUCUAAAAAUGGAGGCAGCUCUGGAUCUUCAUCCUUUCCCUCAAGAGAACCAAAUUUUAAAAUUCUCUCCAUCUUCUUCUCUAACUGAUUUUCCCUCUCCAGGGCUUCUAGUUCCCAGUGAAUAUGUGAUCUCUUAUUUUAAGCAAAGAAAAUCACAAUGGAUUCUGGACCAAGAAGGCCUGAGGAACUACUCUCCAGAAAAAGAAAUCAGACUUGAAAUGAAGGAAAAUACUUCAGAGCUAAGUCUUCCUGUAGUAGAAACUCACAAGCCAAGAUUCAUCAGUGAUGGUCCUGGUAACUUCUCUUGGAAUAAUAUCUGUGAUAUACUUGAGAAAAUCCACAGUGGACAGAAAUCUUAUGAGCAUAAUCAAGGUGGAAAUGUUUUCACAGAAAGGUGGGCUCUUACUGGACAUAAGAGUAUCCACAUUACAGAGAAACCUAUUGAAUUUAACCAAUAUGGAAAGUCUUUCAAAUAUAAAAAUAGUUUUCCUAUUCAUCAUAAAAUCCAUGCUACAGAGAGACCUUAUGAAUGUAACCAAUGUGGAAAGGCUUUUAUAUGUAAGGUCUCUCUUACUGCACAUCAAAGAAUCCACACUGGAGAGAAACCUUAUGAAUGUAACCAGUGUGGAAAGGCUUUUACAGAAAGUGAAACUCUUAAUAGACAUCAGGAAAUCCAUACAGGAAAGAAACCUUAUGAAUGUCACCAGUGUGGAAAGGCUUUUACAGAAAGUAGAGGUCUUAAUAGACAUCAAAGAAUCCAUACAGGAAAGAAAUCUUAUAAAUGUAACCAAUGUGAAAAGGCUUUUGAACAUGAGGGAUCUUUUACUGCACAUCAGAGAAUCCACAAUGGAAAGAAACUUUAUGAAUGCAACCAAUGCGGAAAGGUUUUUAGAGACAAGGCAGCUCUUACUGUACAUCGGAGAAUCCACAUUGGAGAGAAACCUUAUGAAUGUAAUCAAUGUAGAAAGAUUUUUAGUCGUAAAGGAAAGCUUAUUGUACAUCAGAGAAUUCACACUGGAGAGAAACCGUAUAAAUGUAAUCAAUGUAGAAAGGUUUUUAGUUGUAAAGGAAAUCUUACUGUACAUCAGAGAAUCCACACCGGAGAGAAACCGUAUAAAUGUAAUCAAUGUAGAAAGGUUUUUAGUUGUAAAGGGAAUCUUACUGUACAUCAGAGAAUCCACACCGGAGAGAAACCUUAUGAAUGUAACCAAUGUGCAAAGGCUUUUAGAGACAAGAGAGCUCUCAUUGUACAUCAGAGAAUCCACACUGGAGAGGAACCUUAUAAAUGUAACCAGUGUGGGAAGGUUUUGACAGAACAGGCAACUCUUAAUAGACAUCAGAAAAUCCACACUGGAGAGAAACCUUAUGAAUGUAACCAAUGUGAAAAGGCUUUUAGAGAUAAGGGAGCUCUUACUGUCCAUCACAGAAUCCACACUGGAGAGAAACCUUAUGAAUGUCACCAGUGUGGAAAGGCUUUUACAGAAAGUAAAACUUUUAAUAGACAUCAGAAAAUCCAUACAGGAAAGAAACCUUAUGAAUGUCACCAGUGUGGAAAGGCUUUUAUAGAAAGUAGAGGUCUUAAUAGACAUCAGAGAAUCCAUACAGGAAACAAAUCAUAAAUGUAGCCAAUGUGAAAAGACUUUUAAACAUAAGGGAUCUUUUACAGCACAUUAGAGAAUCCACACUGGAAAGAAACUUUAUGAAUGCAACCAAUGCAGAAAGGUUUUUAGAGACAAGGCAGCUCUUACUGUACAUCACAGAAUCCACACUGGAGAGAAACCUUAUAAAUGUGAUCAAUGUAGAAAGAUUUUUAGUUGUAAAGGAAAUCUUAAUGUACAUCAGAGAAUCCACACCAGAGAGAAACCUUAUGAAUGUAACCAAUGUGCAAAGGCUUUUAGAGACAAGAGAGCUCUCACUGUACAUCAGAGAAUCCACACUGCAGAGGAACCUUAUAAAUGUAACCAGUGUGGGAAGGUUUUUACACAGCAGGCAACUCUUAAUAGACAUCAGAGAAUCCACACGAGAGAAACCUUACGAAUGUAACCAAUGUGGAAAGGCUUUUAGAGGAAGUGGAUCUCUUAAUAGACAUCAGAGAAUCCACACUGGAGAGGAACCUUAUAAAUGUAACCAAUUAGGAAAGACUUACAAAAAAGGAAUCUCUUACUCUACAUCAGAGGAUCCACACUGUAGAAAACUCUUAGUAACUAUAACCAGUGUAUAAAGGCUUUCAGAAGAAAGAAUUCUCUUACUAUACAUAAGAUAAUCCACACUGGAGAGGAACCUUAUAAAUGUAACCAAUACGGAAAGGAUUUUUUAUAAAAAAGAGGAUUGGUUCUUGCCAGAUCUAUGAAGAAAAGUAAAAAUAUUAAAAUAAGGAGGAAAAUGGGACAAGAUGUGCUAGAGCUAAUGCCUUCUAUACUUAGUCUUUCUUAGCUAUAACACUGCAUGGAACGUGAGGAAGGAAAAAUAAAAGAUGACUAGGGAUGGCA